GAUCGUCGUUGGCCACCUUGUCCCAAAAUUUUUAAAUUUCUAGUGCCCAGCUAAUUGUGCCCCCCAGAAUCAUGGCCAGAAACCGAAACACAUCCCCCCACGACCUGGUCGACUCGUCUCUAACCGUCGCGACGUUGCAAGAUGUCCUCUUUAAGCCCUUGGAGGCUGGAGGGGAACGUUUCCUUCAGUUAAGGACGCUAAAAUUGGAACAUUUCAAGAGAGAAUUUAAUUCUGAUAAGAGCUACGAGAUUAAUACGGAAGAAGAUAUACAAUACUUGAGGAGUUUAGAACCAACAGAUUGGAAGGAUCAAGACCACUAUGCCGUUUUAGGGUUGAAACAUUUACGAGUGCGAGCUUCUGAGGAUGAUAUUAGGAAAGCUUAUAGGAUACGAGUUCUUAAACAUCAUCCCGAUAAACGGAUGGGGGCUGGUGAACAAGUAAACCCAGAAUGUGACUACUUUGCCUGUAUAGUUAAAGCCUUUGAGACAUUGACGGGGAAAAGACAGGCCUACGACUCAAUAGAUCCAACUUUUGAUAACUACGUUCCACCCAAAACAAUUACUUCAAAGGACGAUUUUUUCACGGUGUACGGUAAAUGGUUUGAACUAAACUCUCGCUGGUCAGUGAAGACUCCGGUUCCUCUCUUGGGAAACAUUAACACGCCAAGAGAUAAGGUGGAUCAUUUCUAUUCAUUUUGGUACGAAUUCGACUCUUGGAGAGAAUAUUCCUACUUGGACGAAGAAGAGAAGGAGAAAGGACAAUACCGCGAAGAGCGGAGAUGGAUCGAUAAGCAAAACAAGGCUGCGAGGGCAAAGCUGAAGAAAGAAGAAAUGACCCGCAUUAGAUCCGCCGUCGAUAUCGCAUACUCUCUUGAUCCUAGAAUCGUAAUGUUCAAAACGCAGGAUAGUGAAGAAAAAUUAGCAAAGAAAAUGGAGAAAAAGAAAGCUGUCAGAGAAAAACAAGAGCAAGAAGAACAGUUACGACGAGAUAAGGCAGAGAAAGCGAGACUAGAGAAGGAACGCAUCGAGGCGGAAGCCAAAGAGAAAGAACUGAACGCCAAGAAGGAGAAAGAAGCGAUCAAAAAGAUGCAAAAGAAGGAAAAGAAAACGUUCCGUACUGUUUGUAAAACGAAUAAUUACUACGGAACUGAUGAUAAAUCAACGAUAGACAAUAUGGCAUUCAUGGAGACGUUGUGCGAAGUCUUGGAAUUAAAUGAAUUGGAAGAACUAAACAAGCAACUGACAACCAUGAGCUUAGACGAUGGUUCGCUAUUGUUUCUCAAAAAGGCAGACGAAGUAAACCAGAAAAUAAAAGCUGAAAGGGCUGCAACUUCUCAAGUUAUUUCUGGAAGUAAAAACGGGUAUGGUCGCAAUGGAUCUUCAAACGGUUUAGAUGAUUGGACUUCUGAAGACCUUGCACUCCUUAUAAAAUCCGUUAAUAUUUUUCCUGCUGGGACAGUACAAAGGUGGGAGGUUGUAGCCAACUUUAUACAACAGCAUGGUUCCAAUGGGAAACGACGAACAGCAAAAGAAGUUCUAGCCAAAGCCAAAGAUUUGAAGGCCUCUGACUUUUCAAAGAACAGCAUGAAAGAAGAAGUAAACCAAAUGGCAUACGCUGUUUUUGAGAAAAACCAGAAAUCUCAGAUCAAGUGUGAAGCAGAAGAGACAAAACGAGAUGACGACACCGGAAAUACUACUACUACCAUCAUCACGGCGCCUGUAGAACAAGUUGAGGAAGCGAAACCUUGGACUGCUGAGGAACAAAAAAUGUUGGAACAAGCAUUGAAGACGUAUCCUGCAUCGCAUUCUGAUAGAUGGGAUAGAAUCGCUGAAUGUGUUCCGGGACGAAAUAAAAAAGAGUGUAUGGCACGAUUUAAGGAAUUAGCUGCGCUGAUAAAGGCGAAGAAAAUGGCUCAGAAAAAAUAACUUUAUAACAAUUAGAACAAUUAAUUUUCUUACCUCAUCAUUCAUCCCGCUGCAUUUAAUGCGAUAUAAAAGUUUCCUCGACUACUUGGGUGUGAAUAGCAAUUAGUGUAUUACUAUUACCAGCCGUAUAUUGGUCAGUUACUAUUCUCGCAAGACCUUACGUUCUCCGGCUCAAGAAAACACUUCGCAGUUUUCUCCCUUGAAUAAUUAUUACAGCCCACCCAGUCAGUUUUUAUAUCAUUAUUAACCAACACUUCAUUCGAUUAAUUACUGGAUUAUCCGAAACUGACAUUUGACUUUCACUAUAUUAUACUUUUAAUUGUCAUUCGUCUUGUUAUUCUCUUACUCUAUUCUAUUGUAGGACGUGUGUUCUAGCUCUUUUACUCAUCUUCUAAGUAACUUUUACCAAUUAUUUGAGUAUUGACUGUAGGUUUCAAUUGACCAUUAUUAUUAUUAUAUCACUCAAAGUGCAUCGUAUAGGUUAAAAUUUACACUGACUUCCAUUACUGGAUAUCAUACAUAUGGUUAAUUUUGCACAUUAUGUAUCCUCGUGAGUAUUACUAUGCAUUAGUAUGCUUUAUUAUAAUUUAAAAAUAUGGAUAGUGCGGUGAGAUUCUGGAAAAAAAACUAGGAAUGCAAUAUCCAUGUUUAAAAGUUAGUCGUAAACCUCAUACAAUAUAUUCAUACUUCAUGAGUGAACUACACUAACAUAAGUGCAAAUUAGAAAUGUCGUAAAUAAUAUCCAACGAUGUAUUUCUUAUUCGAUCAUAGUUGAUUAUUUCAUUUCAUAAAAAUUAAAUCGUAUAACUAAUUUGCGAAGUCCAUUCUAAUUAAUAAUGCUGUCUUGUUACUUACUCUAGAAAAAAAUUGUGAAUUUACUGCUACUCUCAUUGAUUAAUUGAUUUAUAUGCUUCAGUUCUUUUAUUUCACAAUAUAAAUUAGAUUAAUUUAUUGUACUACGAUACGAUUCUGACUAAAUAAAAAACAAAGAUUGUUGAACACAGA